UUAAAAUUAGGUCGUCGUUUGUUAUUCUGAAAUAAUAUAUAAACUUUUUUCUUUAGAUUUCUUAAUAUUUGAUAUGAAUAAUUCAUAUUUUAUUUAAAAACAUAGAUAUAGGCAAGUGGAAGGGGAAGUUGAUAUUUUGAUUAUUGUGGUUCCGGCGAAGUACAGCAACGAAACCGACCACGGGGGUCGCACGCGGAGUACCGAUACGCGUGUACAGUGCGUUCGGAUACUACAAAUAACUAUUUUUUUAAACCUUACCCGAUUGCAUUUGCGAUUGAAUCGGAAUCCUACGAAUAGUAUCGCGUGCUUUGUGUCAUACGUUGGAUAACACUACUUGGGUGUGCCGAAACAUUGAUAAAUAUGGCGAACAGUAUAGCACCAGAUUCAUGGGAACAGCAGGCGGAUAACGGAGACAUCGCGCCCGCUCAGGAUAAGUCCAUCGAAAGCAAAUUUUCAACUUUGAAUGUGAAUGCUGCGGAAUUCGUGCCUUCCUUCUGCAUAAAUUCUUCAACGCAGAAUAGUUCCACGGCCGACAGUCCUUGUGCUGUCACUGCUGUGUUGAAUACUGUAACCACUUCUAUUCCUUCUGAAAUACAUCAUGGAAAUUCUACUCCUACGAUUCUACCUGAUCCAAUUGGCAGUAGAGUGGAGGAACCACCUGCUGGAGGAGGGGCUCCACCUCCAAAUGUUACGGAUCCAAUAAAUACAAGUCCUGAACAUCAACCUGCAGAUUCUUGGGAAGAAGCAGCUGUAGAUGGUGAUCCUUUGUUAACUCCUGAAAAUGAAGAGGCUGACAAUGAGGAGGAUGAAGAAAUGGUUGUUAAAGUACCUAAAAAAAAACCAAUUAAGGUUGCAGAAGAUACUAAAAGCAAAAAAGAACAUGUCAAUGUUGUUUUUAUAGGUCACGUAGAUGCAGGGAAAUCAACAAUUGGUGGCCAGAUUAUGGCACUUACGGGAAUGGUGGAUAAGCGUACGUUAGAGAAGUAUGAAAGAGAAGCAAAGGAACGAAGCAGAGAAACAUGGUACUUAAGUUGGGCCUUGGAUACGAACCAAGAAGAAAGAGAAAAAGGAAAAACGGUAGAAGUGGGUAGAGCAUAUUUUGAAACAGAAAGGAAGCAUUUUACGAUAUUAGAUGCUCCUGGACAUAAAAGCUUUGUACCCAAUAUGAUUGGCGGAGCAGCGCAAGCUGACCUCGCGGUUUUAGUUAUAUCCGCGAGGAAAGGUGAAUUCGAAACAGGCUUUGAUAGAGGUGGCCAAACGCGGGAACAUGCUAUGUUGGCUAAAACUGCAGGAGUUAAACAUUUGGUAGUGUUAGUAAAUAAAAUGGAUGACCCAACGGUAGAAUGGGAUGAAGGAAGAUAUAAUGAAUGCAGAGACAAGAUACUGCCAUAUCUUCGUAAAUUAGGGUUUAAUCCUGCAAAGGAUCUUACAUUUAUGCCAGUAUCUGGUCAACUUGGCAUUGGUCUCAAAGAUCCUAUACCUGAACAUCUAUGUAAUUGGUAUAGCGGACCUCCAUUCAUACCUUUUAUUGAUUCCUUACCUUCCCUUAAUCGUAAAAGCAAUGGACCGUUUAUUAUGCCAAUUGUUGAUAAAUAUAAAGAUAUGGGUACGGUUGUUAUGGGAAAGGUUGAAGCUGGAGAAGCCAAGAAGGGUCAGUCAUUAUUAGUUAUGCCGAAUAGGACGGCAGUAACGGUUGAUCAAUUAUGGUCCGAUGAUGAAGAAGUAACGUCGGUUGGACCCGGAGAAAAUGUUAAAAUUAAACUGAAAGGUAUUGAAGAAGAAGAUGUAAGCCCUGGAUUUGUUUUAUGCGACAGCAACAAUCCCAUUAAAACUGGAAAAGUUUUUGAUGCUCAGGUUGUUAUUUUGGAGCAUAAGAGCAUUAUUUGUGCUGGAUAUAGUGCAGUAAUGCACAUUCAUUGCGCUGCAGAAGAAGUGACGGUGAAGGCAUUGAUCUGCUUGGUAGAUAAGAAGACUGGCGAUAAAAGUAAAACGAGACCAAGGUUCGUUAAGCAAGACCAAGUGGCAAUUAUGAGAAUCGAAUGUGCAGGAGUUAUUUGUCUCGAAAGAUUCAAAUUAUUUCCGCAAAUGGGACGGUUUACUCUUAGAGAUGAAAAUAAAACAAUUGCCAUCGGUAAGGUGCUGAAAGUUGUGGAAUAAAAUGUUCAUCCGCAAUCAAGAAGUAAGGAUGCAAGCCAAACGAUAUGAUACAAGGAAACCAAACCGGCAUAAUGGACUAUUCCCGAAUGUUAGCUAAUGUAACAUACACUCAUUUAUGCAAAAGGUUCUGCAUAUGACGGUACACGCGCGUACAUAUGAACAGAGAUGAUGGCUGGGGAAGUAUGACCUAAAUUGGAAAAUAGAUUCCAUCGCAAAAGAAAAAUAAGGAAACAAAUACGACUCGAGAGCGUGUGUUCCUUUUAUUAGAUAAGAAAGUUGGUGGCACUGGAGGGUUAUUCCUUGCAUCGCGGUAUAAGUAAUAUACAAUACUAACAGACUCUCCUCUUGACAAUGUAAAACACGAUAUUUUUAUUCGUCUGAGGUGCAAAACAUAAUUGAGAGCGAACGAGAGAAUCAAUAUCGAUGGCAGAGUAAGAAUAAGAAAUAUGAUUAAUAUUAUAAUAAUUAUUAAAUAAUUAUUAAAUUGGUGGUAAGAGGUGAAAAAGAAAUUUAUCAAAUAAAUCAACAAACUAGUGUUACACAACAAUUUAUAAUUAUGAAAUUAAUAAUAUUAUUAUUAUUAUUAUUAUUAUUAUUAUUAUUAUUAUUAUUAUUAUUACGAUUAUUAUUAUACUGUUUCUUAUUUUAUUGUCAUUAAAAACAAAUUUGCAACACAAAUCUGCUCUGGUAAUUUUGAUAGGUCUCUCACAUACAUGUUAAUUUUGUUUGGGAGUGGGAAAUAUGUGAUAUUCCUCAAAGUUAAUAUUUUUCGUGGGAUGCAGAGUGAAAGAUAUCAGAUUGUCGGUAUAAUAUGAUUAAAACUUACAGGUUUUGAAUUAUUAGCAAAAAAUUGUAAUUUGUUAUACAUAUAGUUAUGUAGUUACGAGCCUACCGCAAAUUUUAUAGUUUAUCUAUAUUCUUGUAAGUACUGAGAAUUUUUAACUAUAGAUAUUGCAAAAAUAUCCUUAUCGCAUUCUUACUAUAUUAUUUAUAAAGAAAGUAAUAAGAAUAUAACUGCUACAUCUUAAAAAUGCUCAGAUCAUGCUUUGAAGACCUUCAAAUAGAAAGACACAGAAGUUGUGUGAUUAUGUACAUGUAAUUGUAUGCAAUUUUUGCUAUUAUUUGCAAAUAUUAUUAUAUAAUUUUAUUGUUACCAUUGUAAACAUAUCAGUUUCCAUUUUUAAAUUAUUAGUUAUGAUAAAAUUGUAACACGUUGAGUUUUACUAUAACAAAUGUCUUACAUUUUAGUCUUGCUUGCAAUUAUAGUGAAUAAUGUGAAUUUAGUUAUAUAUAAAUCUAAAUGUGACAAUUGUAAGUUUAAGUUAGUUUUUUAAAUUACAAUUAUAAAUUAGAUCAUGAAACAAUCAAGAAAAUAAUAGAUUUUAUAAGAAUCAUACGAUGUUACUUAUUUCAUGAUAUACAGUCCGUUUGAUGUUUGAGUAAUUCAAAAUGAUUUGCCUAAUAAUAUAUAUUAUUAACAAUGUUUAAGCAUAUAUAUAAUGUUUAAAGUUACUAAAUCAAAAUAUAACCAAUAAUUUAACUGAAUUUUUUUUGUGAAAUAACUAUGAUAUGAGUGAUGAAAUUGCAGAUAUUUAUAAUUACAUAUUGGCAGCCUUUACUAUAAAUAAUUAAUUCUAUAUAAAAUGGAAAAUUAUAGAUGAAAAAUACGUUUAAUUCAUCUUAAUUUAUGAUAUAUACUUUUAUGAUCUUAUCUGUCUGCUGUGUGUAUAUAUGUUCCUAAAAUAAAAAAUUCAAAUAUUUUAUUUUGCCAAGCUAUAUUAAAGAUUCUACAUUCGUUUAUUAAUAAAAUAUCAAUACUUACAAGAACAGAAUAGAUCAUGAAAAACUAGAAUUGCUAAGUAAUUUGUUACUAUUUUUUGCUAAUAAAACAAAACCGAUGUAUCCGCUGCACUCUUCUUGUUUUCAAAUUUUUAACCUAAUUUUCCAUAAAAAAACUUUUGUGUCUACAUAGAUGUACAAGGUCAUACAUAAAUAUUGAUUUUUAUAAAUUUUCUAUUCAUUAAUAUUGCUUUAAGCACUUACUUCGUGUCAAUACCAUAAUACAUAUGAAAUUUGAAACAUUAUAGAUUAUAUUUGUCUAUUUGUCUUUAAUUUUAUAAUUAUGAUUAGAUAAGAAAAGGAUAAAAAAAUACAAAUGAUGUCACACUAGAUAAUGUAAUAUUUAAAUAACAAUGAGUUGUUAUUUUUCCAUUAUUUUAUUCUAUCUACACGCGAUGAAGUUAUUUUGACAUAAAGAAAUUGUUAAUUUAAUUUCCAUACAAAGAUGAUCAAAUUCCACAUUAUAUGAGAUUAUUGUAUUGCAUAUAGUUCUACUAUCUUUCUUAUAAAAAGUAUAUAUUUCAAAUGAUACACAAGUUAUAGAAUUUUCCAAGUAAUACGUCUCAUUUUUAUAAAAAGCAAUGUCAAAGCGUCAUUAACUUACAUUAAGAAAUUUGAUUUUAAUGUACCUUGCAACAUCAACGACAGAUUAAACAACGCAUGAAGUUGGAAGAUAAUAUCAUGAUCCUGUCUACAAAGCAAUUGGUGAGUCCUAAGGAGGAGCUACCUCCAUGAGCUAUAUGCUUCUAGAGAUAAUAAAUAGAUAUAUUAAUGUUUUUACGAUAGAGAUAACUAUGCGGAAUUGUAAGAAAAUUAUGAAAACAACAUUUUUAUGCUAUGUUACAUGAAAUUAAUUCCUGCCAAUGAAAAUUCAUAUCAUAAAGAGAAGUUACUGGAUAUAUUUAUAUGUAGUUAAAACAUUUUAUUCAUUAAAUUAUUUUGUAUGAUAAAAAAAAUACAAUCACAUCAUGCUCUCAUGUAUACGAUAAAGAAUUAUACAAUCUUUGUUAUUUAUUUUUCGAUCAUUAAUAGUUAAUUGUUUAAAAAUUUAUGCACAAAAACGUGUAUUCAUGCCAAUAUUAUGUAUAAUAUAUUGCAUUACUUUUA